UUUAAAAACCGCGCUAUAACGUAAACUGUUGCAUGUGUGACCGGUGAAUCUAUAAAUCGCAAUAUCGCGAAGAGCCUCAUUCUUCAAGCAAAUAAACGUGAUGCUCGCUGAAUCUGGCAAAUAUUGGAUAACAAAGGAUAACAAAUGUUGGAUAACCCGCUGUUAAUCGGUGUUAAUCGAACGCUCCGACGAAAACUGCACACGAACGAAUCCGCUACCGAUUACAUUCGGAUGAGAGCGUGUCCUUGACAAUUAGCGAGGUAUCGGGAAGAAAUAUAUCUCGGCAGGAUGAGCGAUUUGAUAGAUUUGAAUAGUCCCGACGUGAAGAGGUCGGUAAAUCCGAAGCUGUCGUCGCCUCUGAUUCCUGCGCCCGGAAACGUCGCGUUCAACGAGCAAGCCGGCUCGUCGUCGACGAAGGAGAGAUGCGAGAGCCUGGGUAGCAAUCCGUUCGACAACCUGUUGCACGAGACCGUCGAGUACAUGAAGAAAAAGGGCGAUCCCUUCGAGGUGAUGCUGCAGCGAGCCUUGAGGUGCAAAAGCAACAGGAGCAGCGAGCUGAAAGCGCAGUCUGUUAUCUUCAGCGAUGAUUCCACCCCGAGACGCAGAAAAAAAUUUCUGAAGAUAAACAAGACGCUGGACGAGUCCCUGAUCGAAGAAAACAAAACCAGCUCGACCAGCAGAGAGAGGCAGAAAGAAAUUGCCAGCAACCUAGCUGCGAGAAAAGAUGCUUUGUCCAAGGGAUUCCUUCGUUCUGCAAAUUCAACUUUCAAGCCACAUAGUGAUCUUCCACGUUCGUUAUCGCAAGCUGAUAGAACAUCACUGAGAAAAUCACAGUGUUCAGAUAGGAAGUCACAGUCCGUAACAGAUACCUCAACAAUUUCACGAGUUUCACAAAGUAACAGCAGUGCAUUGUUGUCCUCCUCGAACAGAGUUUUCUUAGAGAGCAAGCAGAGUCAGCGGUCUGUAUUCCUCGACCUGUCGGAUGUUUCUUCCACCGCAAGAUUGAAUUCUGUCUCGUUAGUGUCGAAUCUGUCGUCGGUGUCGUCAAGUGGCGUUUUAAAAAACGCUUCCUUGGAUAGCGGUUUUACAAAGACGAGCAAUGAAAAGAUAAAUGCGGCUGAGAAUUCUACAGAGGUGAAGUCAAUCCAGAGCGAUUUGUCUGAGCUAACAGAGAGACACACUUUAAAUUAUGGUAUCCAUGGAACAAGCAGUAUCCUGAGUUUGAAGGAAGAGACUGAUCAGUCUAAUUCUAUGAAUAGGGAAAACAUGGAACAAACUGCGAAUAACAAAUUGAUAGAUAUCGAUGUAUUCAUGCUGGAAUCACGUUUGAAUAAGAAACACAAUAAAAGCAUGAAUUCUACUGGUAGCUCUUUGGAUUCUGUGUUCAUCGACAAUAGCAAGGUCGACAAGUUAAUACUGAAUGAAGCUAAGGCACUAUCGAGAAUUUUCACGGAACUAAGUCUAGAAGUAAAUUCUGUAUCUGGUGGUACGGAUGAUCUGAUUUCGAAUGAUACUCUGUGGAUGUCGGAAUUACUGCCAGCAUUUGAGGACGAGUUCGAAGAUAACUUAAUCGAACUACCGGUCUCGCCGGAGAAAAGCGUGAAGAACGACAAGAGCGACCAAGAUCCUAAGCAAUCUCCCGCAAGCAUCGUUGAUAACGCGGGAGAGGUUUUUCUGAGGGAGAUAGAGUCGCAAUUGGCCGAUCGCGCUUCUACCGGGAAGCGGACGAUCGUGGCUACGUUGUUGUCGGAUCUCAAGAGGCUGGUGAGAGCGGACGAUAACCGGGAAGUGGGUAAGUUGAUCGACAAUCUGGAGAGCGCCUUGGGUGUGAGACAUAAGAAUAACGCGGAACUGUUGGCGAGUCUGUCGAAUGAAUUACGAACUUCCGAGAGGUCGGACGACGACAAGUUAGAUAAUACCGAGCGAUCGGCAAGUGUGUUGUGCGUCAAUGGGAGUCAGGAGGAAAGCACGAAGAUGUCGUGCGAAGAGAGAGUCUGUGAUAACAAAGGCUCGUUACACACGCACACAAGUCACAAAUCGGGAGACACGUCGCAGGCUACGACCGUCAGCAGUGACGACUCGUUGGCCAGAGUUUCGCCUUGUAACAAUAACGAGAAUCGUCGUCUCGAUAUCAGGACCUCAUCCGAGGCGACGUUAGGUGGUUUCACCAAAGAUAAGAGCAAUCAGCCGGACGAGGAGUUGGCGGUAGAAUUGUUGGUGAAUCUCGGGAAAUUGUUACGCGGUCAGGCCGAGGACACGACGAUCUUACGAUUGCUUAAGAAUAUAGGAAAGGCGUUGAACUUGGCGUCGAAUAAUUGUAAAGUCGAAGGCGAAUCGGCGCGGACGGACGGCGAACUGUGCGAUGAUGAUCGACGAAUUCCAUCCCCCUCGGAAAUUUCCCCGGAAUCUGAACGCAGUGAUGCGCGUCCGGCCGGUGCGAUAGAAGCUACGCAUGAACGGAGCUUCAAGUCUCAGGUAAAUGAAUCUCCGCUGUUUCUCAUAACUUCGAUUCCAUCCUUUUACACAUAUUUUCAGUCACUCGAAGGAACAAGAAAAAGAGUGUCUAUAGUUCGACGUGUCCAUUCGUCGAACGCAGACACGUCGAACGCACAGGUAAACGCAAAAGGUAAAGGCAUGUUUGAAUUGAAGAGUCAGAAACGUUUCUCAUACAAUCUCGAGCUUGAGAAUAUCAGGGCGAAUAAGAAGUUCUCAAGUUCAAGAACGUCGAAUACGAAAAUAGCGGAGACUGCAGAGCUCGAUAACAGGAGCAAGAAACCAUUGGCAAUAAUUGACAUCAGGAACAAGCUGAAGAAGAAAUCAGAUAUGGUUGGCAAAAGCGGCCCUGUGAAAGCGAUGCAUCUUGUAGGCACGAUGCAAAAGAAAGUGUCACGCGGGAAACAAACGGCAUCGUCCUUUCAAGCCACCACGCCGCCCAAGUCCAACGCCGCCGCGUCCUUCGGCAAUAAAAUAAUUAGCAGUACUCCUAACUCAGCGACGUCGUCGACGCCGGAUAAUCGGGAAGACGGGACGAGAUCGAGGAUGCAGUUCAAGUCCACCGAUAAGAAACGUAACUUUUCGUGCGAUAUCUCGCCGGUGUCCAAGCGGAAAGGAGGCAGUCCCAGGAGAUCUGUCCAGCCGCCACCGCCGUCUGCGAAAAUAUGCACGCCGAAACGUCAGCGAGCAAAUUCGUCCGGCAUCCCGAAGUACUGCACGCCGCCGAGAAAAUUCAAUUCUUCACUUGAUACAGGUCGUCAUCAACAGUCUCCGCAGUGUUUGAACAAAAGUUUGUCAAGCUGUCCACAAAGGUAUUCCCCGGUCUGCCCGAACAGCGCCGAAAAGUGUCUACAGAGUCCUCUCAAGGAAAGCAACAAGUCCUUUACGAAAGUGAAGCCGUUUAAGUUGAUCUCGAAACUUAAGGAGAUUACCGCCGGUGAUCUCACGGAAAAGGAGAAUUACUCGCAGUGAAACGACGUGAUGAUGGAAGCAACUGAACCAGUGUGCAUCGAUUGUCCAAUAGAAAUAUAUAUAUAUAGAUGGAAAGAAAGAGAGAGAGAGAGAGAGAGAGAAAAUGUAUGUGCGUGCGUGCGUGCGUGCGUGCGCGCGCAUAUGCAUCAUAAAGAAUCGAAUAUACCAUAAAGAAUAGUCGUAAGAGAUAUUUUUUAAAUUUCUUAUAAUAUUUAUACGUUUUACAAUAAGAUAUGCAAGUAUAAAAUGCAAUUUCAUUUGUUGAGAAAUUAUAUGAGUCUCAUUCCUUCUUAGAGUCUGCAUUUUCGCAAAAAUUUUUUCUAUCGUAUAUCUGAAAAAGAUAUACGAUUAUUGAGUCGAUGAAAACAUGACAAAAAGUAAUCUUUGCAGCAAAUUUGGUUACAUUAUUUUUAGUCAAGAUAUAUAAACUUCUCCGAACGGCUUUGCUCAUUUUUCUAGGAUGAGUACUUUUAUUUUGACGUAAUUAAAUUUAAACGGGAAAGCAGGAGCAAUUUUUUUUUAGAUCUCCCCUUCUCUGGUAUCUACAAGAACCAUGGACGUGUCUGUACAUUACCGAUACGUCUGUCAUCACUUUGCCCGGUAGCCUUAGCACAACUCAUUGGUAAUCAGUGGUUGUGACAGCUUAUUGUCUCAUUGACGCGCGUAACGUCAAACGUUUGACGUCCGGGCAGCAGGAAAUGCCGGCUUCGUGUUCGAUAAUGUCGCGGAUUUCGGCCGUCAGUAGCGAUCGUUCGACGAAGACGUCGAACGACCUCACGUCGUCGUUCACCGAGCUUUUCUUCACCGAUCGCAAUGAUCGACGUUACUGUGAAAUUCAAUUCCAAAAAGUGCAUCCGCUCCGAUAAAUUCGCCGCAACGUUUCACUCAAUUUUUAGUUCGGAAGAAGUUACAAAGUGUAAUAAGAAAAUUCAUAUUCUCAACAAUUAAAUAAUUAUCAAUCCGGAAAAAUUAAAUAGUAACAAAUAAGAUUUUGUU